GAUAGACCAAUAGAUUACACCUCUGUGCUAAUGGAUAAUAAACCAAAGUACCAACCAACACUCUGAUAUAAAGAAAAAGUGAACAAAGAAGAAAAAUAAAGCUUCAAUCUUUAAUCCACUUUUCCUAUUCUGAUUGUUUUCUUCUCAUUUUUUUUCCAUGGAAGCCACUGCUUCUUUCUCCUCUACAAUGGCUUCUCACCAUUUUUUUCCACUUUCUAAAUCCACCUUUUCAACUUCCAAACUUCACACCACUUGUUGUACUUCUUCAUGGACUGGUUCUGUUAAUUCUCUUUCAUUUUCCUCAAGAAAUUCAUUUACUAGGGAUACAUGGAGGGUGAUCAAUUCCCAGAAUGUGGUUACUUUAAGAAGAGAUAAGUGUGGUGUUAUUAGAGCUGAGAUGUUUGGACAGCUGACUAGUGGACUUGAAACAGCUUGGAACAAGCUCAAAGGAGAAGAGGUUUUGACGAAGGAAAACAUUGUGGAACCUAUGAGAGACAUCAGGCGGGCUCUUUUAGAAGCUGAUGUUAGUCUCCCUGUUGUCAGAAGGUUCGUUCAAUCUGUUAGUGAACAAGCUGUUGGAACUGGCUUGAUUCGUGGAGUAAAACCAGAUCAGCAACUGGUUAAAAUUGUAAGUGAUGAGCUUGUGAAGCUGAUGGGUGGAGAGGUCUCUGAACUGGUUUUUGCUAAAUCUGCACCCACCGUAAUACUAUUGGCUGGUCUACAAGGUGUUGGGAAGACAACUGUCAGCGCAAAGUUAGCUUUAUAUCUCAAAAAGCAGGGAAAGAGUUGCAUGCUGAUUGCUGGAGACGUGUACAGACCUGCUGCUAUUGACCAACUUGUCAUUUUGGGCAAACAGGUUGAUGUACCUGUUUAUGCAGCAGGAACGGAUGUAAAACCUGCAGAGAUAGCCCGGCAAGGCUUACAAGAGGCCAAAAGGAAGAAUGUAGAUGUAGUCAUAAUGGAUACAGCUGGAAGACUUCAGAUAGAUAAAGCUAUGAUGGAUGAAUUAAAAGAUGUGAAACGUGUACUAAACCCCACAGAAGUUUUGCUUGUUGUGGAUGCAAUGACUGGCCAAGAAGCUGCAGCGCUGGUCACAACAUUCAAUCUCGAAAUUGGAAUUACUGGUGCCAUUUUGACAAAGCUAGACGGGGAUUCCAGAGGUGGAGCAGCUUUGAGUGUCAAGGAGGUAUCAGGAAAGCCAAUUAAGCUCGUAGGAAGGGGUGAACGUAUGGAGGACCUUGAACCUUUUUACCCUGACCGCAUGGCUGGACGUAUUCUAGGGAUGGGAGAUGUUCUGUCAUUUGUCGAGAAAGCCCAAGAAGUUAUGAAGCAAGAAGAUGCUGAAGAUUUGCAGAAGAAGAUCAUGAGUGCAAAAUUUGAUUUCAAUGACCUCCUGAAGCAAACUCGUGCAGUUGCACAGAUGGGUUCCAUGUCCCGUGUUAUUGGAAUGAUUCCUGGCAUGGGAAAGGUUACUCCUGCACAAAUUCGUGAGGCAGAGAAGAGCGUAAAGAUAAUGGAGUCAAUGAUAGAAGUCAUGACACCAGAGGAGAGGGAUAAACCAGAAUUGUUAGCAGAAUCCCCUGCUAGAAGGAAACGUAUUGCUCAAGAGUCUGGGAAAACGGAGCAGCAGGUGAGUCAACUUGUUGCUCAACUUUUUCAAAUGCGUGUACGUAUGAAGAAUUUGAUGGGCGUUAUGGAAGGUGGUUCCCUUCCUUCACUGAGUAAUCUAGAGGAGGCACUAAAGCCUGAACAGAAGGCUCCUCCCGGUACUGCAAGGAGAAAGCGAAGGUCAGAGCCAAGGAAGCAAUUUGCAGACUCGGGAUCAGCUAGACCUAGUCCUCGUGGUUUCGGGGCGAAGAACUAAAUAUAUAAGACUAAUAUGUCAAUCAAAUAUUUGAAGGGAGCAUCUUUGACUAGCUAUUUUACGAGUACUCACUAGAAAACAGCGUCUAAAUACAAUUUUCCAGCAAGAGAAUUGUGAGCACUCUUUCAUUUGAUGAAGGCAGAUCAAAAAGGAAAAUGAUCAGCUAGGAAAUAGAAGUUCUUGACAAGAUUAUAGUACAUUCUGUGUACUCUCAACUAUUUAACUAUUGCCUUCCUGCUGUAUCUACAAUUCUUGAUUUCUUCACAUACCAAUCUGUAAUCUUGGAAAUUUGUUUGUUUUCCCUAGUCCUUUAAAUUUUGUACCCAGGGAUUUUCUACUCA